GCAGGAAGCAGUUGUCACGACUCGCCUGUCAAAGUCAGUUUACUGCUUUUUAAACUCAGUUGUUUGGAAGGUAACAGCCAGUUGCAGAUUAUGGCUCAUCGAUUUUCAAAAGAAGAAUUAGACGAGCAGUUUGAAGAGUUUCUGAAGGAGUCUCUUUCAGAUGAUUCACUUGGAAAUUCAAAGAAAAAGUCAAGCAUUCUUGAGGCAUUGGGACAGCCCAGGAAAAAAGAAACAAAGAAAAAGGAUUCAGUGCCAUGGUGGAUAUCUGAGGAAGAUUCUGAUGAUGGUGGAAUGCUUGGAGCCAGUGGAAGCUUUGUGAAGAUACAGAACACUUCACAGCCUGUGGGAGAAAGUUGUGAGAAUAAGCAGGUGGAAAAGAUGCAGCUUCAGAAAAGUAAUGGGGUUGCUGUCUCCUUAAGUAGAGACAGCCUGGAGGCAAACGAUUCAGUUUUAGCUUCUGGCCCUAAUCAAAGUGCCGUGGGAGUUGGAUUGGAUACCUUGGAAGAACAAGAAGAAAAAGAGAUCUUCUUUGCCAAACUUGAACGAGAAGCUUCCUCUACUAUUGAUUAUUCAAGAUUAAAUAAGGAGCUCGAUUCCAAUGAUUCUGUCAUACUGACUCCGUUUGUACGAAAUGAAAAAACUGAAAAAGGAGAAGAGGAAUCCGCACAUGAAGAGAAAUCUGGCAGCUACAGUGAAGAUUUUGAAGAAGAAACAGAUGCUAAUCCUGCCUUUAAAACUGAGGGAAAUCAGGUGGAUCAAAACAUCAUGUCAGGAGUUGAUUUAAGUCCUCAAGAACAGGAAGAAGCAAACGCUGGCAUGCUGGCUAAAGUUGUAUUACUUGAUUCACAAGAUUCAACUACAGAACUUCAAAAGGCCGUUGAAACAUCAGAUGUAGCUCUAGGUGAACCUUAUCUGCCUGAAGAAACGAAUGGAAUUGAAAUGAACAAAGCAGGCACUUAUGGACAAACCACCAGUGACAUCGAAGCGUUACACCAAGCAUACCAUCAUGUUGAUCAAUCUUUGGGAGACACUGAUGAGCAAAAACUGCAUGAUUCUGCAAUGGCAGUCUCGGAAUGCUUAGUGCAAGGUGUUUCACAAAACAGUGACAUCUAUUCAAAAAACAUGUCAACUAUUGAAUCAGAUUUACCUACUGUGGAAGAAUUGAUGAAACCAAUUAAAGGACAUUCAUGUAACAUCAGAAGUUCUGAUGCAGAGCGUGAAAGUCCUGUGGAACUGGUAGGCAGCACAGCAAAUGACCUUGUCAGCCACUUGCCCUUUAAAGAGCACUGGAAUAAUACAAUUUGGGAGACAAACUUACUUGACAAAUUUAACAAAGAAGAGAGUGUCUUUCUGCAGACAGUUGUGAAUGAUGAUAACUUUCAGAGGGGGACUGAGAAAGAAAUUCAGACCGGUGAAGUACAGCCUGAUGUACUAAGAGAAAAAAUUGUACAAGACUCUCUGCUUUCACAAGGCAGCAAAACUAAACAAGCUCUUCGGUCAUGUUCCUUGAAGAAUGAAAUAUCGGAAUCAAUGACAACUAAACCAAUGUUAUACAAGAAUAUCAGAAGUCCAGCACCUUUACAUAAAAGGAAAUCUUCAUAUGGUCCUCAUGGGGUGGUUAGAAGUUCUGGGUAUGGGAAACGUACUUCACUCUCAAAACAGUCUUUUCCAGUUAAUGAAAAGAAAACACCAAAAGAAACUUUCAAAAAGACCAGUGUGAAAGCCAAAAGUCCUGCAGAUAGAGCAAGAUCUAAAGAAGCCUUAUUUGCUACUAGGAUAAUAAGAUCUGCAACAAGUGAACCAGCUUUGAAGGGAAGUAUUAACAGAGUUAUGUCUGACCAAUCAGUUGUUAAUAAUCUUGGACACCAGGCUGUGGAGCAUUGUAGACAAUAUCAGCAUGAUGUAUCGUUUUCUCCUAUCAAAAGUUGUGAUAGAGAACUAUAUUUGCUAAAACGAGUACAAGUUGCAGAGGAGGACCUGAACGCAGCUCGUGAUUUGAUUCAACAGCUAACCAGCACGGUGUCACAAAAAGAGAAAGAAAUAGAAACAAAGAUAGUAGAAUUGAAAACACAGCAUGAAAAAGAGCUUUCUCAGUUGGGUCAGAAAAACUAUGUUCUUCAGAGUAAGUUAAGAAGUAUGGAAGAGCUGACUCAGGAAAAGAGAUGGACCCAUCAUACAGCAACAUUUCCUGUCACUGAAGAAAAACUGGCACAAAUACAAAAAGAAAUUGAAGAUCAAGAGGUCAUUAUUCAAGGUUAUCAACAGGAAAAUGAGAGGUUAUACAAACAAAUGAAAGAGCUACAAAUCCAAAACAAAAAAAAUGAGGAACGAAUGUUUAAGGAGAAUCAGUGCUUAAUGUCUGAAUUAAUAGCCCUAAGAGAAAAGAUAGAGAAGACUAAUAUCCAGUCACGUAUCAUGCAGGAUUCUGAACCAGCCAGAAAUCAGAGUUUCACAGAAUUGAUUUCAGAGCUUCGAGCAGCACAGAAGGAAGAAACUAAAUUACAAGAAGAGAUAAGACGUCUCAAACAAGAUAAGCAAGCUCUUGAGGUAGACUUGGGGCAGGCAAAGAAGGAGAGAGAUUUAGCAAAAGUCCAGAUUGCAUCCACAUCAGAUGAGAAGUCUUAUGAAUUUAAAGUUAUGGAAGAAUCAUACAAACAGGAAAUUACUAGUUUAAAAAGAAGGCUUCAGUGGUAUGCAGAAAAUCAAGAUCUUCUGGAUAAAGAUGCAGCCCGUCUUAAAGAUGCAAAAGAAGAAAUUGAGAAACUAAAACUAGAGGUUGAGAAGCUCAGAGCUGAAGCUGGAGAUCAGUGUGUGCAACAGAAGAAACGUUUGCGAGACAGAGCAGCAGAUGCUAAAAGAAUUCAGGAUCUUGAGCGACAAAUCAGAGAAAUGGAAGGAAUUCUGAAAAGAAGGUACCCAAAUUCUUUGCCUGCUUUGAUUUAUGCUGCUGCUGCUGCUGAGAAAACUAAUGAUCAUUCAGCUAAAACAAACACAAUUGAUUUUUUGGAGAGACGAAUAAAAAAGUUAGAAACAGAACUUGAAGGUAAAGAUGAUGAAGCUAAAAGAAGUCUCCGUACCAUGGAACAACAAUUUCAAAAAAUAAAGAUACAGUAUGAGCAAAGACUUGUAGAGCUUGAGCAACUACUUGCCUACAAAUUUAUGAGUGAAUCACCAAAACUGACUGGUGAUAAAGCCAAUUCUACAGAACUUGAACAGGAGCUUCAGAAUCUAAAGAAGACCCAUCAGAUCACUGUUAAAAACCUCCAGACAGAAAUUGAAAACCUUAAAAGUCAAAAUUCCCAAUUAAAACUCAGAAGUAAAAAGGAUAAUGAAGACUUAGAAUCCACGGACAGUCAAAUGAAACAAGGUAACACAAAAGACAGACUGUUAAAACUAAAUGAAGAACUAGUCACCAAAACCAGAGAAAUACAAGACCUUACAAAAACUGUAGAGAAACUUCAAAAAGAAAGGAUGAUGAUGUUGUCUGAUAAUAAUUUGAGAAAUAAAACAGGUAAUAAGGAAAACUCUACAGAGAUCUUGAAAAAGAAUACCUCAGCGACAGAUAAAAGGAAUUCCAGCAACAGUGAACCCUUUCUAAGCAUUUUCAAUGAUGACAAAAUAUACCAACCGCAUACCUUUUCUGAUUCUAAUCUCUCGGAAGUUCUGCAAGAAAAUGCACAGCUGAAAGAGGAGCUAGAAAGAUUGUCUCUCGAAAUGAGCGAGCAGAGAGUGAAGUCUCAAGCAACACUGGCUUAUUCUGAAAAUAACGUACGAAGGAUACAGGAAGACACAGCAGAAUACAUUGCAUCUUUGAAAGCUUCCCAUCAGAGGGAAGUGGAGAAGAUUCUUUGCCAGCAUGCAAAAGAGUAUUCUACUUCUAAAGUAGCUGAACUAAACAGCAGAAUUUCAACACAAGAGAUAUUAAUAAAACAUCUCCAAAAACAAAUCAGUGAACAACAGAGACAUCAGGAAGCCCUUUUAGUUUCACAGAUGCGAGAGGAACUCCUACAAAAAGAGGUGACGAAAUUGUUGGAAGAACUGAGAGAAGCUAAGGAGAGCCAGAGUCCUGAAAUGAAACAUUUCUUAUGCCUGGAAAAGAAAAUCAAGCAUAUAGAGACCAGACAUGCAGAAAGAGAGCAGGAAAUUCAAAAGGCAGCCCAACGAACGCACCACAGUACUGAAGCAAGGCAAACCCAGGAGGUUGAGAAGUGGCGAAGGCUGGCACAGCGCAAGAAUCAAGAACUGGAAAAAUUUCGAGUGGAACUGGAUUCCAUAUUAGAUGUUUUACGUGAACUGCAGAAACAAGGGGUUGUUAUUCCUGCACCUCAGUCCAGUGGAUGCAGCGUGACAGAGAGCUGUUGGAAGACGUGAUUAGGUAGGAGCUGAUUAGAGAAGCAGAAUUUU